GUUGAUUUUUAUUACAGAUUUCUUUUUCAAAGUACUGCAAUUACUUGCAAUUCCUGGCUUUAAUUUUUAAUUUUAAACUAAAUCAAAAUAUUUCCUGAAACCGUGCUAUCGUUCAUUAUUGAUUCAUUCUCUUUCGUGAAAUUGCUCAACGCUGCCAAUAAGUGACAUCAUUCGGUAUCUCUUGCUGACGCGAAUCAGCCGCUUGCUAAUAAAUAGGCAACACAAACGCAGAUUCAGAUUCACUAAUCCAUCAGUCCCGAAUUUGAGCACCGUCAAAUAAGUGUCUGGCCAACCAGAAGCUAAUUUGUCAAGAAAAUUUAUAGAAAUGGAUUUGAAUAGCGCAACUGAAAAACCAAUUGUUUACGACGAUCAAUAUUAUUAUUUGAUGUAGCGCAUUCGACGCAUUCGUCUUGAUCAUAAGCUACAGAUUCCCAUUCAAAAACCCAAAUUGCGACUACACAGACGACCUGCCGUUUGUAAAAAAGGCCUAUAGUGAUUGGAGACGAUGUCGAAUUGUCGACCUGCGCUCACCUUCAAAGGAGAACUUGCUCUCCUUGAUAUCAAACGACCAAAAACUUCUUGAAUUGUUCGAAUCAUCUCAUCCAUCAUCAAUGUUCGUCCUCCACGUUUUGUCUCACGGCAACAAAAACGGCACAUUCUAUACAGAUCACAUUGAAGUAGAAAACCCGCAGAAAAAUAUUUGUACGAAAUUCACAAAGGCACAAGUAACGAAAGCAUUGAACAAAUUAACAGCCUUCCGGUCAAGUCACAAAGUGGUUUUCUUCUCCCCAUGCCAUGGAGAAAUUGUUGAUUGGAUUCGACUGGACAACCAGUCGGACGUGUCGCUGAACAAUUCCUGGAGAUUCUGCAAUUUUCCUAUUAGCAAUUUUCUUCCAGACGACAAAAUCGCGUCCAAUCGGCCUGGAAGGGUUUGUUUCUUAUUUAGUCUGCAUCGGUUCAACCAUGAAAUUGAUCAAAAGAACGGAAAGACCCUUUUGCACCUGGCAGCAGAGUGCGGCAAUCGGAGAAUCGCCAAAUUUCUCGUCCUCUGGGGCGCCGACGUGGACGCUGGGGACAAAAAAGAUUCGACGCCUCUUCACCUGGCCGCCCAAAACCGAUCCGGCGUUUGCGAAUUUCUCGUUGAAAGCGGCGCUGACCUCCGAAAGGUCAACAAACUCGGCUGGAACGCUCUGCACUUCGCAUCGUGGUCAGGAAACGAAGAAGGCCUCAAGUUUCUACUCAGCCUCGGAGUAUUGGACGUAAAUGCCAAAAGUAAAAUUGGCGAGACUCCGUUGACAUUGGCAGGCAAAAGGGACAACGUGCGAGUUGCAAAAAUCUUGAUUGAAAAAGGCGCUAAACUUAUUAACUCGUCAAAUAUUGGACGGGAAACUCGCACCAUAUUACAAUUUUUCAUUCACAAAAUUGAUGAAUCGGAAAAGCCAGUCGAGUUAAUUAUGCAGAAGGCCGCCAAUUUCAAAACCAGCAAUUUCAGAUUUUUGCUCCAAAACGGCGCCGACCCUCGUGAAACCGACGAAAUGGACAGACACGCUCUGCACGUCGCGUGUGAGAUGGGGAUGAGCCUUGAGAAGACGAAAGUGCUGCUGGACCUGAACGUCCUCGAUGUCAACGCUGCGUGCGCGACAGGAGACACGCCGCUAAUUUUGGCCUGCAGGAAACGUCGCUGGCACUUGAUCGAACUCCUUUUGGCUCACGGGGUCUGCCCUGAACACGUUGAUGGCCAAGGAUGGACUGCCUUGCACCACGUUGUGCGCUGGGACGGUCCACUUGACGUUGUCAAAUAUUUGGUUGAAAGUGCUAACUCACUUGUGCACCACAAGACAAUAGACAAGGAAACUGUUCUUCACGUGGCUGCUAGAUCGAAAUCACUAGAGAAUUUGCAAUAUUUGAUUAUUUGCCCUGGUGCUGAUGUGCAACUCACCGACUCAGACGGACGAAACCUUCUUCACUGGGCGAGUGCCAGAGGUUUAGUGGAAAACGUGCGAUGUCUGAUGCCCUUGUUUCCUCACGUGGACAUUCGCGACUCAACGGGCAGCACAUCUCUCCUUCUAGCAGCGGCUGGUGGACACGCGGAGGCGGCCAAACUGCUGAUCGACGAAGGUGCCGACGUCAAUAGCCGAGACAAAACCUAUGCGACUCCGUUGUUGGCUGCGGCCAGAGGUGGCGACUCGGACACUUGUCGCGUCUUGCUGGACGCGGGCGCCGACGUGACUGCCGAGGACGAAUCUGCAAACGACGCCCUGAUCGCAGCUUUUGCGGCGCAAAACGUUGACACGGCCAAAUUUUUGUUUGAUUCGGAUUUGUUCGAUUUGCAAAAGAGAAAUUUGAAAGGUCAAAAUUGGUUUGAACUUGUUUCAGCAGCCGCCAAGGAAGAUCCGUCGGAGUGGAAAUACUUUUUUGGAGAAAAUUCUGAGCACCAAAUUGAGAAUAAAAUUGCGGCGUUGGAAAUUGAUGACCACUUCUUUGACUUAGAAGAAGAUGCGAUCCAUAAAGCUGGGACGAAGCUACAACCCCAAAUUUUGCAGCGCUCUAAUAGAAAAGACUUAAGAACAAGUCUUUUGAGACAAACCAAAAUGCAUUGCCACUUAAGAAAAAUAAGGUUAUAAAACCUAAAUAAUUGAAAAAUAAAAUUCUUAUAAUUUAAGCAGUCAUUUAUUUUUUACUAAUUUUUCUUUAUUUAAAUAUUAUGUCGGUCAGUGAUCAAUUUUCCUUAGGAUUUGUAAAAUACAGACGUUUUUAUUUUAAAAAUUGAUCAAUUAAAAAUUUUAAAAAAAUUUGAAGAGUAAAUUUAAUGGAAUAAAAAUAAUUUUCCUUCUUAAAAUUAAAAAGUAAUAAAAAAACUCUAACUUAUAUAUUUUAUGAAAUAAUUAAAUUAUUACUUAUUAUUUAAACAAAUUUUUCUUGAGUAAUAAAUGUCAGCAGAUGUGUGAUAGGAAUUUAUGAAAAAUGUAAUGUACAUAAACCGAUAUAAACUUAUGAGGCGCUGAGCAAUCUGCGUUUUAUUCUCUCUACAUGUCUUUUACACAUUCAGCGGGCAAGUGUAUUUUUGUAUAUUUAUUCUUUAUUCUUGUCCUCUUUUUGUGUUAUAAUAAAUAAACUUGUUUUUAUAACUGCGCCUU